UUAAAUAAAUACAGUUUCUCGUUCCUCUUACACUUUAUAUUUAUGAAUGCAUUUUUGUUACCCAACUUUAAAUGUCGUUAAAAGGUGAAGUAGAAACUAUAAAAACCCUGAUGACAGUAUUUGACCAUAAAUUAUGAGAUAGAUAUAUAAGUGUUUGAAACGCCUAGAUUACUACCAAGCCAUAGUGGACCAUUAAGACAAAAUGUCGUCAAGGAAAGUGCAAAGUUUCCAUGGCUUAUAUUUUAUUUUGAUAGUUUGUUGCUUCAAAAUAGGAUUAUAUCAAGCCUUAUCAACAACUGAUCGCACAACGGAGCAUACAUCAACUUCCCAAACGCCAGACUUGUCUUCACCUGCAAACAUAACACCAGAUUCCACAUCAGAUUUUCUGACUACCACUGCUGCUGCAGUAACUUCUGCGACAUGGAGUGGAACAUGUGACAACUUAGGUUACGUGCAUGAUAUUGGCAACUACGCGUAUCAUAAUUGGUAUGUUGAUAUCUACAAUAACGACUGGGGCAAUAGCUCAUUUUGGGGAGGUCGCGUGCAAAUUCCGUGGAGGGAAAAUAUGAACACAAAUUGCUCGAAAUGGCCAUACAGUUAUUUUGCCGUGUUAAAUGAGAAGCACAUGGAUAUGGCUGAUAUAGGCGAGGAUGUUAUUACCGCGGAAGUUUGCAUAUGGAAUCACACUGAUGAAUGCAUUAGCAAUGUCACUGUGGAAAUGAGAACUUGUAACGGUCAUUUACUAUACAGACUUCCAUGGGGCUAUGACUACAACGUUUACUACGAUACUUACGUUUGUUUUGACAGAGUUUAUACGGAUUCUUGCCAGUCAUCUGAGUCUGUUUACUCUGCUGGAAAUGUAACAGACGGGUUCCUAAACUUGUCAUAUCAUAGUAUCCAGUUUGGAUGGUUAGACGCUCAUCAAAACGGGAAACAGUAUGUGAUACCUGCCUAUGACGAUGUUGAUGAGAUUUUCGAUGAAUGUGUCGGUAUCAAUGAUUGGUAUCGCGACGGUUUCUUUCUGAAAGGUACAUUGAUAAAAUAG